CCACAAGCUCGCUGCUAAGUCUUCCGUGCUGCACGCUUCCGCCAAGUCGCGUGGUUCCGGCACCGCCGUUUGGCGUCUUCUGAGGGGCUUCGAGCCAAUUCUCUGCACUCGACGGCAUCGCUGUCCACAGCCUAUCUAGAGUUCUGCAUAUUCCAAAGCACCAGAGGCGGCACACACCACACUUCCAUCGCAGCGCAAUCUCACCACCCCGCCUCUUGACCCCCCGCGAGGACCCCUCGUUUCCUCAUACUUACCCGCAACAGCCAUCAGCAAGCCCCAGCGAUGGCGGAAAACGAGGUGGACUUGGACUCCAUCAUAGACAGGCUCCUGGAGGUGAGAGGAAGCAGACCUGGAAAGCAAGUGCAGCUCCUGGAGACCGAGAUCCGAUAUCUGUGCACCAAGGCCCGAGAAAUCUUCAUCUCGCAGCCCAUACUCUUGGAGCUAGAGGCCCCGAUAAAGAUCUGUGGCGAUAUACACGGCCAGUACUAUGACCUCCUCCGUCUGUUCGAAUAUGGCGGGUUCCCGCCGGAAGCAAACUACCUCUUCCUUGGCGACUACGUGGAUAGAGGCAAGCAGUCUCUCGAGACCAUCUGCCUGCUUCUCGCGUACAAGAUCAAGUACCCGGAAAAUUUCUUCAUCCUCCGCGGUAACCACGAAUGCGCCUCGAUCAACCGCAUCUACGGCUUCUACGAUGAGUGCAAGCGCCGAUACAACAUCAAGCUAUGGAAGACCUUCACAGACUGCUUCAACUGCCUCCCAAUCGCUGCCAUCAUUGAUGAAAAGAUCUUCACCAUGCAUGGAGGUCUGAGCCCAGAUCUCAAUUCCAUGGAGCAGAUUCGUCGUGUCAUGAGACCCACCGAUAUCCCGGAUUGCGGCUUGCUCUGUGAUCUCCUCUGGUCGGAUCCUGACAAGGACAUUACCGGCUGGAGCGAGAACGACAGAGGUGUCUCCUUCACCUUCGGCCCCGACGUCGUCUCCCGCUUCCUUCAAAAACAUGACAUGGACCUUAUCUGCCGUGCCCAUCAAGUCGUCGAAGAUGGAUACGAAUUCUUCUCGAAGAGGCAGCUCGUGACGCUCUUCAGCGCUCCGAACUAUUGUGGCGAAUUCGACAAUGCGGGUGCAAUGAUGAGCGUGGACGAGAGUCUGCUCUGCUCCUUCCAGAUCCUCAAGCCCGCGGAGAAAAAACAAAAGUACGUCUACGGUGGUCUUGGUAGUAACCGACCCGUCACUCCUCCUCGAAAGCAAAAGCAGAAGAAGUAGCACACUAUAGCAGAUAAAACAAUUACGAACUCCUCGUGCAGCAGGUUCGGGCGUCGAUAGACAUACCCACAUCGUUAUUAAGCGCCACCUCCGAUCGUCGCCAUAGG